UAAGCUUGCCUAGCUUAAAUAAAAUUCGACCAACAUUAUUAACACUCUACCAGAACUAUCAAUGAGAGGCCUUUCGACCACAAGACAGUCCCGUCGAGGUAUUAAUUCACCGGGUCGGCUUUAUUUUUAAAUCUGAUCGACCAACUCCAAACUGGUCGAGCGGAGUUUUUCUCGACCAAAAAUUAACUGGCUCGUGAGGGUUAUUACAGAAAGGAUCCUUUGGGCAAGACUUGUUAACAUCUGUAAAGUUGAUGUGUACUCGUCACUUUCCGUUUUUCUUCUUCACCACGACGACGUUAGCCAGCCACUCGGGAUACUUGACCUCUCGGAUGAACCCCGCGUUUAGUAGAUUCUUGACUUCUUCGUUGAUUAUGACGUCCCUUUCUGGAGCAAACUUUCUCCGUUUCUGUCUUACAGGCUGGUGCAAGGGGUCCACUCGCAGCUGGUGCAUGAUAACCUCGGGAUCGAUCCACGGCAUGUCUAAGUGUGACCAUGUGAAACACUCAGAAUUGGACCGGAGGAAGUCUACCAGUCUUCUUCUUAAUCCUUCGGAGAGCUUGGACCCGAUCUUGAGGUUGCGAGUUAAGUCACCUUCUACUAGGGGUACGUCGUCCAUAUCCUCGACUUCUAGUUCUUCUGUAUGCGGAGCUUGGGAUUUGACUUACGGGGGCAAUGUUGUUUUGGUUCGCUCUUUUAAGGAGAUCUGAUAGCAAUAGCGAGCGGUUUCCUGAUCUCCUCUGAUUGUUCUAAUGCCUUGAGAGGUAGGGAACUUUAUCAUCUGAUGGAGAGUCGGGGGAACUGCUCUCAUUCCAUGAAUCCAUGCCCGGCCUAAGAUCAUAUUAUAAGAGGAGUGGUAGUCGACGACGAGAAGCCUAGUAAGGAGGCUGACUCCUUCAGCAUAGAUGGGGAGGAAGAUUUCUCUGGUUGCUUGUUUUACUUCCCCGCUGAAUGCUAUCAGGGGGUCGCUUUGUGUAUUAGGGUUCCUUCUUCUAACCCCAGACUUUGGUCCCCGCUUGGAAGAUGAUGUUACUGGAGCUACCGCUAUCUACCAGUAUCCUUUUGACCAGGCAGUUUGCUACCGGAAGUGUGACGACGAGAUCAUCGUGAUGAGGUAACAUGACUUUCUCUCGUUCUUCGGCUGUGAAACUUAUCUCGUUGGUCUGAGAGGAUUCCUGUUUGAUUUUCGUUGAAUUGCUCCCAGUACUCCUGGUGUUUUCCGGGGUGGAUGAGUGACUUGCACUGCACGUCUCUAAUCCUCCGGAUAUGACAUAAGUCGUUUCCUCUUGCGAGUGUGGUAGGAAGGACUCAGCUUCGAUAGGAUUAUCUGCUCGACUCCGAUGGUUAGUAGAUAAUCCAAGGGGCUUGGCUCCUCCUUGAACAGCUUUGGGUGGAUUGGAGCACUCAUCCAUCACCAUCAUCAUGUAGUUAUAUUACUCCCCUCCUUCUAGCGCCAAACUGUUAGGGGAUUUUUGUGUAGGCUCUUUUAGAGUACCACGGAACGAUGGACAAGUUGAUUUGUGCUCAGCACUACGGAGUGAUAGGAAGAAGGAGACUGGUCGUCGUGAUACUUUCUCCUGCUUCGGUCGUGGAUAAGCCAGGAGAUCCUGCUCUGAGGGUAGUGCCAUACGGGUAUGAGCUGGUAUAUGUCGUCAAUGCCUUAGUAGCAGUAAGAAAGGUCUGCUGUUAGGCAGGAACUGCCUGUCUGUAGUGAAGAUCGCAGGGACUUAUGGGUCUGCAAUUGAUGGUCCCGACUCCAGGGUCGGUCCUUGGAUGCCUCCUGAUCUGUAGUUAAUGGUUCCGACCAGCACGGGCGGUCCCUGAGCGUCUAGGGGUGGAACCAUGGAAGGUGUUUGGAUUUAUAGCUGCACCCUUCAAUGGGGAUUGCCUACAUACCUUUCAAUGAGGGAUCAAGCCGUUCCUAGUUCAUGUAUGUGGAGGCACGGAGCCUAGAUGGGCGCGUAGCCUGAUGGAGUCGCGUAGCCUUAAUGGAGGCACGUGGCCUAGGGAGCACGUAGCUCUGUAGGUUGUUGGAGUCAUCCGUUCUAGGGGGCACAUAGCCCGAACAGAUGGUAAACCUGUCGAUAUGCUGCAGUGAGCAUGGAGCGUCGAUGUGCUUCAGUGAGCAUGGAUGGACCUUGUUGAUGAGCUGGAGAUCGUGGCCUUAGCCAGUCAGUAGAGUUGUAGACGUGCUGCAGGGAGCAUAUAUCUUCCCUUGGUCGAUAGUAACUGUCGGGAUCAGCCUCUCCUAGGCUUGUCCGAGAAGAAGGUCUUCUAUGUGUAGAAUCUUGCCUUGGCAGCUGUAGAAUUGGUGAGCUCUGGUUAUGGACGUCUUGGCCUCCUUCUCGUUAGGUUUAGAAACCUAUAUUUAUAGAAGAGGUCGUGCUUCCCUUCUUAGGAUUUGGAAAUAUUCAUUAUAUCCUUAGAUAAUAGAAUAUUUCCAUUUUCUUAAAGGAGGUCGUAUGUAUUGGAAUACUUCAUCUUUCUCUUAGGGUCCAACUGGUGACACCAAUUGAGGAAAAAAAUUGCAGGGAAUACUAUGUUCAUCUCAGUUCCCGUCUUUUGUUACCAGUUAAAGAGAAAUUUUGUCACUUGUAGGAAUUAGAAAUUCCCCCACGUUCCUUUUCUUAUGAGGAAUAUAAUGUAAAUAUAUUCCAUGUCAAAUUAGAUAAGGAAUCAAAAGGAAAACUAUAAAAAUGGUAAAAAAAAAUAAAUUAAUAUGUUAAUGUACCAAAUAAAUUUAUAGAAAACUGACAUUUUAAACCAACUUCUCAAUGUACGUAGGUUUGUCUACUUCUAUAUAAUAUUAGUUCAUCAAGCUUUUUCUUCAUAUAACCCUAAUACAUCUAGAAACAAGAGAAGCAGGUAAACUAUACUUUUAAGAUUAUUUAUUAUGUGUAUAAGAAAAAACACACGCACUGAUCAGUGUUGGUUAAUAAUAAAACUUGUUUCAUGUGUUUAUAUUAUAGCUAUCAUGUCAACUCCAAGAAAUCAAAAUGGAGCACGUCGUGGACGUAAGUCAAACAAUGAGGCAAGAACCACAAUCGAUGGUGAAACCAGUCGUGAAGGCCAGGUAAUUAUGUUAUAUAAUUUUUUUCUGCAGUAAUCAACUGUAUAAAUGAGAUAUUUUAAGUUAACAACUAGAAAUAUGUACUUUAGUAUCUGUGGAAAGACAAAAACUGUCAAGUUAUGCUUGAACUUGUCAUUGCGGAAUUAAGAGCAGGAGACUACCAUAGUAGAAUGCCCGAUGCUGCUGCUAAGAAAAGAAUUGAGAACAAAUACUUUGAGUUGGUGGGAGAAAAGAUUUGUUGGGAUCCAGAAAUAACUAACAAAAUUGGUUACCUGCGUAAACUAUGGAGUAUCAAUAGUCAACUGAUAAAACGCACUGGAGUUGCAGUUGAUCAAUCUACUGGACAGAUAGAUAUGAUGCAAACUUGGUGGGCUGAUCGGAUUGCAGUAAGUCUUUAUGCAUAUACAAUUAACUAUGUUCUUAUUAAAAAUCUAGUAACCUACAUUUUUAUGGUUAUCUCUGUAGGAAUAUGGAAAUAAAGGAAAAUUUGUUAGCGUGUUGCAAAAAAAAACCGUUGCCGUUCAAAGAUUUGCUAGACCAAAUUUUUGGUGAACAUGAUGUUGAGCAAGAUGAACGUUAUUCUCCGCAUAUGCUUGGCCAACAUAUCCAGCGGAUUCAGCCUUCUUAGCCUAGCAAUGAUGACACGGUAUUUGACCAAAUGCAAGAAGAUCAAAGUGUCGAACAAAUUGCAGAUGUGACUAACGAUCAAGGAUCCCAACCGCCAACUCGAAGAACAUCAGCCCGUCGCCCUCCAAGAAGAAGAAGUAGUUUUGAAACACAGGUUGAGAGUGGAUUUCAACGUGUAAUAGAUACUCGGCAAGAUAUUUUGGAUGAACUACGGUCACGAAAAGUUCAAAAGCUAUCAUAUGGUGAUGCGACGGCUGUUCUAGAAAAACUACCAAUUGAACAACUUGGAGUGUUUUGGUGGGCAGCAAAUAAGUUGUUGAAGAAUGAAGUAGAUGUCCGUGAAGCAUUUAUAAAAAUGGAGAGUCAAGAUAUUAAGAUCAGAUAUUUGGAGAGUUUAGUUGGCAUAGAUAGAUACGGCAAUCCAUGCACUCAUGUUGAUCUGCUAAUGACAAGUCAGAACCUCUUUCAGAAUGUUGGAAUGACUGGAACUAGUUCAAUGGGAACCGAAACUGUUAGAACUGAUUUCAUGGGCUUACUUGGGAUGCACUCUUCUGAGUUAGAAGAAUCAACAGAAAAUGCAGCACGUGUAGUCCAUAUACAUGAUGAUGGAAGUGAUGCUGAAAAGCUUGUUUAAGUUUUCUGAGAUUUAUAUUUUGGUGUUUGAUAUUUAUAUGGAUUUUAUUUAUUUUUAUUUAUAAAAGCAUGAAUUUUUUCUAAGGAUUAUAUCAAUAAUAAGUUUUAUAAAUAUAUAUGUAGGAUCUUCGUAUUAUAUAUUUACUUUCUCGUGGAACUGAAAACCUAGAAGAAGAUGAGUUAGUGGAGCUUAUGUUAUUGGAAGAAGAAGAAUUUAUGCAAAGGUACAUGCAUCUUAUAUUAAAGUAUUACAAAAACAACUUUUGCAAGAAUCCAAUGAACAACGUGUGGGGAAAGGGUUGGAAAAUAAUACGGGAACAAAUCUACAGCAAUGAAAUCUCGUGCCGUACUCUUAUUCGUAUGAGCUCAGAAGCGUUUAUCCGUUUAUAUGAAGUCCUUGAGAAAAAGUAUGGGUUACAAGAGUCGCUUAAUAUUAAAGUUGAUGAGAGUGUUGCAAUUUUUCUUGUUCUCUGUGGUCAAAAUGACACUCAACAUGACAUCGGUUUAAGAUUCGGUCAUGCCCAGGAGACUAUAGGUAGAAAGUUUCAUCAUGUUCUGGGGGCAAUGGUAAAAUUGGCAGUUGACUACUUACGGCCAAGAACUGCUUCUGAGUUUGAAGCAAUAUCUAAUAGUUUACAAGGAGAUAAACGAUAUUGGCCAUAUUUUAAUGGAUCUAUCGGGGCUCUUGAUGGAACACAUGUACCUGUAAUGGUGACUCCAGGUCGUGAUGCAUUACGAUUUGUGAACCGGAAAGGAACGGCAAGUCUAAAUGUUCUAGGAGUAUGUGAUCACGAUAUGCUUUUUACGUAUUGUUUUGUUGGAAUGGCAGGAUCAACACAUGACUCUAGAGUGCUAGAUACCGCUAUGCGCGAUGAUCCGUUGUUUCCUAAACCUCCUGGAGAAAAAUAUUAUCUUGUAGAUUCUGGUUAUGCAAAUAGACGUGGUUAUUUAGCUCCAUACCGAAAAGAAAGAAAAGAAGGUACUCGAUAUCAUCUUCAAGACUUUAUAAAUUGCGAGCCUCCAAGAAAUAGUAAGGAAAUGUUCAAUAGAUGGCAUGCAUCAUUAUGUUCAGUUAUUGAACGUACGUUUGGUGUAUGGAAGAAAAAGUGGAUGGUUUUAAAUGAAUUCCCAAGGUACGACAUCUCCACACAGAGGAACGUUAUAUUUGCAACAAUGGGGCUUCACAAUUUUAUUAGGUGGAACAAAAUUAAAGAUGUUGAUUUUGAGGAAGCGACUAUGGAGAACAGUGGUGUGCAUAUGCAUCAAAGUGAGAACGAUUCAGAUGAUGAAAAUGAUGUACGAGGAAAUGAAGAAACAUCAACGGCAGUUUAUAUGAAGAUUGUUCGAGAUCAGAUUGCUACACAACUGUGGUCAGAUAAAAGACUUGGCUCCCGUCGAGUAUAGGUCAGUGUGUGUUUUUCUCUUUAUUAUUAUAUACAAAUUCUUGGAUAUAUCUAUAUCUCUUAAAAAGCACAAAUAUAUACUUUCAGUAACACAAGUUUUUGUUUUGUAGUUAUGAGCUACAUGCAUUGUGGCAAUUGAAAUGGACGUGGCAACAUGAAGCGUAGACCAAAAAACUUGCUUACAUUCUUUAGUAUUUUUUAGAGUUAAUUAUCUAAUUAUUUAUUGUUUGAAAUUUUGUUCCUUGUUUUGGUUACCAUUCACUGAUAAUUUGUUACAUUCCUUCUCUACAAUUUUUCGUUCUAAUUAAUUCCAUAUCAUUCCUUUAGAUUCUUUUCCCUAUGAUUCCUUUCAUUUUUAAAGUGGUCACCAGUUAGACCUUUAGAUUUAGGGAUAAUCCUUCUUGUCCAAGCUGGUUACCUGAUAAAUGGAAGAUUUCCAUUUAUCUUAAGGCAGGAGAAAUCACUUGGCCUGGAAGACGGAGGAAUGUCCCAGACUCGGGUACAGGGACCUGGGACCCAGAGGCAGGAACCCAGACCCUAGGGGCAGUGACCUGUAAGACGGAAGCUGGAAUAAUCUUUUCAUGGAAUAUUUUUCCCCAACAGAAAGCAAGACCCUCUUCCCUAGCCUUAACCAAAAAGGCAACAAGAUGCCUGAGAAAGUUCAGGAGAAGCUGAGAAAGCGAUAGCCCAAGCUCCGCCAAGAUCUCAAGUAUCGCUUCCGGGAUCGGGAAGAUAAGACCACAGGAGUGAAAAAAAGGAAAGAUAGGCUCCGUAGUAGCCCUCUCUCACGGUUUGAGGGGUCUCAUUCAUACCGGCCAAAUCAAGGACGACAGAACGAUCAACUCCAUAAACCUCGUAAAGGUUCUCGAGAUCAUCUGCGGUAGUAGUUGGAUGAGGAAAAUUGAGAGACGAACGCAUCUUUAGCUCGAAGAAUAGAAAGAUUCAGAGCAAGAGAGAAAGAGAUUUGAUAUUGGAAACGGAGAUAAGACUAAAAGAAAAACCUCCCACGUAUAUAUAUAUAUAUAUAUAUAAGCCAUCUUAACGACUAUAUCAUUGUUAUAAAGUAAAGCAACUAUAACCUAGUCUACGCCCUAGCGGCGGCUAAAGUAGCCGUUACCAAUUAAAGAAAACGCGCCGAUAAACGGCUCUUUUCAAAAACGAUCGUUAAAACCGAGCCCGAACGAUUUCAAUUAUCCAACCAUAAAAUCCAGACCGAAGGAUAACCGCCUCUUUUUCCUUUCGAUCAAAUCAAAAGAGGCUGCGAGACAAAUGUUGGACCCAAUUUUGGUCAAGACCAAAAUGGGCCACGAUCAAAGGAAUGGGCUGAGACAGGCCGAGGCCUACAACGAGAAUCGAGCUCGAAGAAGGAGUCGCAAAGAUCGCAAAACAAGAAGCUGAGAUCGCGGAGCUACCCCAGGGAUCUCGGAGUUGACUUACUAUAAAGGAAGAAGAAGAAACACGGAAGAUGACACGUUGAAAACCCUAAAGAGAGCUACACAUUCACAUCAAUCUUGUUGUCUUCCCACUUUUAGAUUCUCUCUUUAUCAACCUGGUUUGUAUCACUCGAUCUAGUUCAAUUCAUUGUAUUCGAUCCAUGUUAUCAAUAAAGUCUAUUUUCGCCUACCGGAAACUACUUAACAUCGUUGUGUUCUAAAGAUAUCGUUGCCCACAUCAUUUGUCUUCCCUAAAUCAACCCCGAUCACUAUCAAAUACUUUGUGUAGAUUUUAGGUUCUACAGGCACUUCUCUUCCUUAUGGCAUAAACUAGAACAGAGUGAACAAAAGCCAAAGAGCUUCUCCUACCUCAGUGAUAUCACAGCUUCCUCACCAUCGUAGAACUCACCUCCGUUAAAAUCCACAGUGGUCUCAAAGCAUAGCUGUUGAAAAGUAUCCACCACCACUUGGACUCUUGAAUGAUCAAGGUCCACUGAUACCGUUUGCCCAAGAGCAUCACUAAUGCUUUCAAAGGUAAGAAACGUCUUGAACUCCAUCGGAACUCCAAGAACUCGAACCCAAAACAUUAUUUAUGAUGGAAAUAACUGAGACUUCUUCGGUUGCCAGCGUUCAAGAGCCAACAUCCAGUAGUUGAAAUGAUAGGGUUGCAGCUUCAGAACCGCUUCGAUCUCUUCCUCCUUCUCAAAAUCAAACUGGAAUUUCCCAAGCCCUAGAUCUGUCCCCACCACUCGAUCCUCCAGCUUCCAGAUCUUUGGAAUAUUUUGAAUAAGCGCCUUCAUGUCUUGCUCUGGUGGAUUCAUGCAUUUUCCAAUUAAAGUUUUGCAAUAAGUUUUGAUGAGAGCCGAGUUGUCGAAGUGCGGCACUGAUAUCUUCAGCCUUUUCCUAGUACCCUCUCCAUCCUUCAAAUCCCCACCAUUUCCCAGCAACUGGCUCUGCGUCAUGGAAAGCCAAAUGAGAUAAAUAUCUUUUUCUUUGUUGUGGAUAAUUGCAAAGAAGCUUAACAAUAUGAUACAACAAAGAAGAAAACUGAAGAGUAUUUUAUACUGAUUCCAUAUUCUCCUCUCUCUCCAACCCCCAUUAUUUCCCUCGUUAAUGCCAAAUAUCUCAAAAUUAAUCACGAGAUUAUAUCGCAUUUCCCGACUUUUCCAUGAGAUCCUCUUAUUAAAACCAUCGAAAAUCACCAAUCUCCAUAUAUCAAUCAAAUCAAAUCCGUGAAUGAUUCCUCCGUUGUCCUUAUAACAGAUUAGAUUCCUUAUAAUUGAGUGAUCACAGAUAAUACCUGAGUAGUCAUGCGAUUUCAUCGAUAUGAUUGCCAAUAUCGAGAUCCAUUUCGCAGAUAUCCUUGAUUUCCAUAAAAACCAUUGAAUCCAAAUUCCUGUACCCGAUCUACAACAUCGGAGAUUUGAAAAAGAUCCCCUGAUUGAAGUUUCCUUUUUCUUUUUUCAUGAUUUUCAUUUCCUAACCCAACUUCGCCGCCGAUUCCUGGAUCCCACCGGUGAGAAGGCAUCGAGAGCGUAGAACCUAGAUCGCCGUUUGUGUAGCCAUCGAAAGCGUUUUUUUUUUGUUGCCUAUCUCUUUAUUACAAUAUUGAAAAUAUCCAUUUAGUGGUGGUGAAGAUGAAUAACGGUAGAAUGAAAGUGGUAAAUAUGAAAUUUUCCCUUUUAUUUUUUUAAUUUUGUACUGAAUUUUGUUUUUGUGUUUUUUGAAUUUUUUUUAUCAAGUUUUAAAAUGUAUUUUGAAUUUUUAUCUAAUUUAUUUUUUUAUACUAAUUAAAAAUAUAUAUUUAAACGAAUAAACCAUCAUGUCACCUAUUUUGACUAGUAAGAGUACCAGUCACAGUUUUGAUGUGUUAAACAAAUAAAUUAGUUUCAAUAUUUAAUAUCUUACUGAAACAAAUUUAAGUGUUUUAAGUGUUAGCAAUAGAGUUUUUUUUUUGGCGUCAAAAGGCUAUUCUAUUACUCAAACUUGAGGUGGUCUGGGUAACCAAACCGGAAUAGAACAACCAAUAAAAAGUAACUCCCUAUGAAAGGAUCUUGCAGUCUUAGCUAAAAAAUCUGAAAUCUGAUUGCACGCCCGUGGAACAUGAAUGAUGCUGAAGUCCAGGAAGCAUAUCUGUAAUGUCUCUAUCCUCUCCAAUUCUGUCGCAAAGCUUGGCCAAUAGAGUUAAUAUCUUACUGAAACAAAUUUCAGUGUUUUAAGUGUUAGCAAUAGAGUUAUGAUUUAAAUUGCAAUUGUCCCUUUACAUUUACACUAGUAUUAUCUCCCGUGCAUUGCACGGGAAAGAAGUUUGAUGUUAUAUCUUGCAACAAUUCAAUAUAAACCCAAACUGUAAAUUAUUGAUCGUAUUUUCAAAAUAAAAUAAAUCAUUACACAUGCAAACAAAUUGAGAGAAGGCAUAUCUCUUGCACAGAGAAAAUUAAAAUACCAAUCUUUUUGUUUUUUUUUUUCCUUCGUCCAUCUGCUUUUGUUUUCUUUGGUCAAUUCGUUUGUAUUAUUUUCACUGAAAAUAAAAAUAUAAACAUGCAAAUAAAAAAUAGGAAGACUAACCUCAUCAGAUUAGGUCUUGCUCUAGAAAGUAGACAUGAAUCUUUAUCGUUUCCCCUACCAUCCGAGUUUCUUUAUCACAUUUGUUACCUUCUGGUUAUCAACAAAUUUUUCUCUGUUUUUUUCUUGUGGUGCUUCUAAAGUUAGAAGUCUUGUGCAUAUGCUCCCAUAGGAAUCUCUCUAACUCUCGUUCCCUGAAUAAUCACAAGCACAAUAAAUAAAACAUAUAUAUUUCAGCGAUAAUAGAUUUAGUCCAUUUUGAAAUGUUACCGACAUAUUUUGAUCGCGUCACUUUUUCAUUUUGCAAAAUGUAGCUUCUGCUAAUAUCUAAAAGAGGAAAAAGGUUAUAAGAAGAGUAG